AUGUUGUUCAAAUCUCUAGCUGUUUGGCUCUCACUGGGCUCGCUCGCACUAAGCAGUCCUCUAAGGGCCGAGCCGUUGGAUGCCUCUGACGACUUUCCAUCAUUUGAAGAGAUUGUCAAGAGGCAAGAUGGUGCUUGCACCAACACACCAAGGACGAGGAGCUGCUGGAGUAAUGGCUACAGUAUCGCCACUGACUUUGACGCCAAGUCACCUCCGGAUGGAACCACUGUCACUUACAACUUUGAAAUUUCCAAUGUCACCAAGCCGAACCCUGAUGGAAGCGGUGGUAAUAGGCCGAUGAUGCUCAUCAAUGGCCAAUACCCAGGCCCAGUUGUGCGAGCCAAAUGGGGUGACACCAUCAUUGUUAACGUCAAGAACAAUCUUGCGCACAACGGAACUGGCAUCCACUGGCACGGUAUCAGAAUGCUCAACUCCUGCCAGGAUGACGGAGUCCCCGGUAUCACCGAGUGUCCAAUUGCUCCUGGAAAGACUCGUCAGUACAAGUUCAGGGCUACCCAGUUCGGCACAACUUGGUACCACUCUCACUGGUCUGCUCAGUACGGUGAUGGUGUUGUUGGCACCAUGAUCAUUGAUGGUCCAGCCACUGCCAACUACGAUGUCGAUCUCGGUACUCUGCCCUUGACUGAUUGGUACUACACCCCGGCCUUUACCCUAAACGAGGUGGCGCAACACUCCAGGACUGGACCUCCUCUUCCUGACAACAUUCUUGUCAACGGUACCCACAUCAACGCUCUGAAUGAUAACGGAAAGUAUGCUCGCAUGAACGUUGUCAAGGGAAAGAAGUAUCGCAUCCGCCUCAUCAACACCUCCGUUGACAACGUUUUCAGCGUAUCUAUGGAUGGCCACCCUUUUACUGUCCUGACUUCGGAUUUUGUUCCUAUCAACACCUUUGUCACCAACCAGUUGACUCUGCAGAUUGGUCAGCGUUACGACGUGGUCAUUACCGCCAACCAAACCGUUGACAACUACUGGUUCCGCGUAGCUGUUGGUACCAGCUGUAACCGAAAUGCCAUCACCAGCUCUGGCAAGCAAAUGGGUGCCAUCCUGCACUACGAUGGCGCGUCUGAAACCGCAAACCCUACCUCCACUACCACUGUGGUCAUGCGCACAAGCUGCGACGACGAAGCUUCCUCAAACCUCGUUCCCUUUGUCCCCAACCGCGUCCCCCAGUCCGUUGUCGCCGACGCCGUCAACCACAAGCUAAACAUGACGCACUUCGCGGACCCCACCAAGAACAACCUCUUCCGCUGGCUCAUCGAUGGCACCCCCCACAUCGUCGACUGGAACAACCCCUCUCUCGAAACUGUCCUCGCGGGCUCCCAAAACUUUGGCCCCAACUCAAACGUCCACACAAUGGAAGGCACUGGCUGGUUCCUCUGGUGGAUCCAAUCAACAGCCUCCAUCCAACUCCCCCACCCCAUCCACCUCCACGGUCACGACUACUACAUCGUCGGCCGCGGCCAAGGCACAUGGGACGGCUCCACCGCAAACCUCAACUUUGAAAACCCCACCCGUCGCGACACCGCUGUUCUCCCUGCUGGCGGAUACAUGCUCAUGGCUUUCCCCGCAGACAACCCAGGCAUGUGGAUUAUGCACUGCCACAUCGCGUGGCACGCUAGCCAGGGUCUCUCCAUGCAGUUUAUGGAGCGCAUGAGCGAGAUCAAGGGAUCCAUUGGUGAUACCAGUCGUAUGACCCAAGGCUGCAAUGAGUGGGAUUCUUAUUGGCCUUCUGGAAGCGCGCCCGAUGCUAAUAGGCCUUAUGAGCAGACUGAUUCUGGUAUUUAA